CUAACCCGUGACCCGCCCGUGAUGCCCCCAGGGGUCCACGUGUUCGGACUCUGUGCCACCGCCCUGGUGACGGACGUGAUCCAGCUGGCCACUGGCUACCACGCCCCCUUUUUCCUGACCGUCUGCAAGCCCAACUACACGUUGCUGGGGAUCUCCUGCGACUCCAACCCUUACAUCACCCAGGACAUCUGCUCGGGCCAGGACCAGAAUGCGAUUCUCUCUGCCAGGAAGACGUUCCCGUCCCAGCAUGCAACGCUCUCAGCCUUCGCCGCUGUCUACGUGUCGGUGAGUUCACCCGCCUCCUUAUCUCCCCGACUUGCAACCGCAGGCUGAUGCAAGUAUGUGGAGCCCGCAGACACACGCCUGCGUCAUGCUUACAGCUCAGU